AUGCACUUCGUCCGUGGCUCGCGUUCAUCAAUCUCCGGAGCCCCGAGUACGAGGUCAAUUGGCAAAGUCCUGGACGCCUCUGACGAUGUGAUUGCAGCCACAGCUUCCGGUUUGUUUGCCACGGACCUUGGCCAAAUUAUGGCGAGCUCACUUUUUUCCAACAUGAGAAUGCAAAUUGCCAUAUCGUGGAUCAAGCGCAAAAUGCUUUGGGGGAUCCGUCCAAUUGGCACAAUGUCGACCAGCUGCCAGUCGUGGAAAACUCAUUGCCCAGAGUUGGGGAAAGCAAUGAAGCUUAUCUUGAUGCUUGUGGCCAAAGGCCAAACAAAACCUCCACAAUUCCCUUCACGGCAUAUUCCAGUCCCCUUUUCUCUAGUACUGAUGAAGAUAAUAUUGACAGCGAAACCUGAUAAAGGCCUGGCCAUCAAUUACCGUGUGCUGAGAAUGCGGCUCAGGCUCAGGCCUCAAGGCGUUCGAAGAAGAGAAGAUAAAGUAACAUCCGAUUCGUAUUGGUGA